GCGCCCUUCCCGAGCGGAACAAGAUGGCGGCGUUCCUCCGUGCCCAUAAUGCUUCGCGGGUAUCCCAAACAGCCGGGCUUCUCUUCCGGAUUCGGGCUCUGGGCUGAAGGGGAGCCACGGCGGCAACCACAGUCGAAACAGGAGCCUGGGCUUGGUGGUGCUGUGGAGGGCAGAGACGCGUGUCCUUAUGUGAGAGAAGCGGAGAAAGGGAAGACCUGGUCGGUCACCUGCCCGCCUGCUGUCGGAGGACCAUGGAGCUUCAGCUCCGCCCGAGCUCCCGGCUGCUUCCCGCCCUUCUCCUGUUGAUGUUGGGGAUUCCCGAGCUGGGGGCGCCGAGGCCCCCGCUUCAUUCCCCGCCUCAUCCCGCCCCACGGCACUGGGGCAGGCAUCGGCCGCCGCAAUACGAGAGGCUGGAAUCUGUGCUUUCAGAUUAUGAUAUUCUUUCUCUGUCCAACAUCCAACAGCACUCCGUAAGAAAAAGAGAUCUUCAACCAGAGUCCCAUGUAGAGAGAUUCCUAAGUUUUUCAGCAUUGCAUAGGCAUUUUAAAUUAUACUUAACUUCAACAGUGGAACACUUUUCGAAAAACUUUCAAGCAGUUAUCCUGGAUGGCCAAGGCAAAGAAAGGGAGUAUCAUGUACAGUGGCAAGAAUUUUUCAAAGGACAUGUUGUAGGUCAGAGUAAUUCCAAGGUUAUAGCACACAUAGGUGAAGAUGACUUCACAGUGAGGAUCAAUGCUGAUGAAGAAGAAUACAAUAUUGAGCCCCUAUGGAGGUUUCUCAAUGAUACGCAAGAUCAAAGACUUCUGGUGUACAGAUCAGAAGACAUCAAGGAUUUCUCACGAUUACAGUCCCCAAAAGUAUGUGGCUAUGUUAAACUAGAAGAGGAGGAUGAGCUUUUAUUUGGAGGGCUGAAGGAUAAUAAAUUAAAUAAAGAGAAUGUCCCUCGGCGGAAAAGAGCUAUGCCAAACCCCUUAAAGGAUACCUGCAAGAUGUUAGUGGUGGCAGAUCAUCGAUUCUUUCAGCACAUGGGCCGUAGUGAGGAAAGUACUACAAUUAACUACUUAAUUGAAUUAAUAGACAGAGUGGAUGACAUCUAUCGCAACACCUCAUGGGAUAAUGCAAACUUCAACGGAUAUGGAAUACAGAUAGAUCAGAUCAUAGUUCACAGGGAGCCAGAAAAAGUACCCCCUGGGACGAAGCACUAUAACAUGGCAAAAAGUCAGCCAAAUGAGGAGAAGGAUGCUUGGGAAGUGAAGCAGCUAUUGGAGCAAUUCAGCUUUGAUAUAGCUGAGAGAGCAUCUAAAGUAUGCCUUGCUCACCUCUUUACAUACCAAGACUUUGAUAUGGGUACCCUUGGACUGGCUUACGUGGGAUCUCAAAGGCAAAACAGUCAUGGUGGCAUCUGUCCGAAGGCUUAUUUUAAUUCAGCGGCUGGAAAGGAUGUCUACCUCAACAGUGGCUUAACCAGCACAAAGAACUAUGGCAAAACUAUCCUUACCAAGGAAGCUGACUUGGUUACUACUCAUGAGCUGGGACAUAACUUUGGAGCAGAGCACGAUCCUGAUAGCAUGCCAGAAUGUGCCCCCACUGAAGAUCAGGGAGGAAAAUAUGUUAUGUACCCAAUUGCUGUGAGUGGAGAUCAUGAAAACAACAAGAUGUUUUCAGACUGCAGUAAAGUAUCCAUCCUUCGGACUAUUGAGACCAAGGCCCCAGAAUGCUUCAAAGAGCGUAACAACAAAGUAUGUGGCAACUCCAGAGUGGAUGAAGAUGAGGAGUGUGAUCCUGGCCUCUUGCAUCUGCAUCAAGAUCUGUGCUGCACAUCUGAAUGCAAGCUAAGGCCAAAUUCAACAUGCAGUGAUCGGAACAGUCCCUGCUGUAAAGGAUGCCAAUUUGAAAGUGCACAAAAGAAGUGCCAGGAAGCCAUCAAUGCUACUUGUAAAGGAGAGUCCUAUUGCACAGGCAAUAGCAGUGACUGCCCUCCCCCUGGGAAUGCUCCGGAUGACACCGUCUGUGUGGAUUUGGGCAAGUGCAAAGAUGGGGGAUGCGUACCUUUCUGUGAGAGGGAGAAAAACCUGCGUUCAUGUGCCUGCAACGAAACGGAUAACUCCUGCAAGGUCUGCUGUCGGGAUGGGCUUGGGAGAUGCAGCCCAUAUGUUGAUGCCAACCAAAACUUCUUAUAUUUGAGGAAGGGAAAGCCAUGCACUGUGGGAUUCUGUGACAUGAAUGGUAAAUGUGAGAAGCGUGUGCAGGAUGUGAUUGAACGACUUUGGGUUUUCAUUGAUCAACUUAGCAUCAAUACAUUUGGGAAAUUUUUAGCAGACAACAUAGUGGGAUCUGUGCUUGUAUUCUCCUUAAUAUUUUGGAUUCCUCUAAGUAUUCUUGUACACUUUGUGGACAAGAAGCUGGAUAGGCAGUAUGAAGAGAACACCAAAUCUCUGUUUGGUCCUAGUAAUGUCGAGAUGUUAAGCAGCAUGGAUUCAGCUUCUGUCCGAAUCAUCAAGCCCUUUCCUGUUGCACCAUCUACAAGUCGGCAUCAGCCCCUGCAACCUAUUGUCCCAGUGUCUGUGGCACCAGCGGCUCCAAAACUGGACCACCAAAGAAUGGACACGAUUCAAGAGGAUCCAAGCACAGACUCUCAUAUGGAGGAUGACGAUUGUUUUGAUAAGGAUCCUUUUCCAAACAACACCACAACUGCCAAGUCGUUUGAAGAUCUUACAGAUCAUCCUGUCACGAGGAGUGAGAAAGCUUCGUCCUUCAAAUUACAACGACAACAUAGAGUGGACAGCAAGGAAACAGAAUGCUAGUCCCUCGCUGCCUUUUGAGCUGAUGACUCUGAUGUGCAAAAUCAUGUUGAACUAGUUGAUCUAAAGCCAUUUCAGUCUAAAUAUCAUUUGGAUGUGUAUAUAUGUAUUGAGAAAUGGAAACGGGGAAGUGACCUACUGCAGAUGCUGGCCAUAUGUAUGAUCUUCCUUGGUUUCAAGAUACUACUUAGAAAUAACACACAAAGUAAAGUCUCAAGUAUAUUGAACCUUUUUGAAUCUUUUCUAUAGUCUUGAUUUAAACAUUUCCUUCAGCCUGUGGCAUAGAGGCAUACCCUGCCUAACACAAGAUUGCAUACUUAGUAUUUUUAUAAUAUAGCUUCUUGUAGUUGAGCAGCACUACUAAUUAAAUUUUCUUGUUUUAGAAUAUAAAAGCACAAAAUUUAAUGACUUUUCUUCCUCUAUUGGAGCUUUCAGAAGUCAAAAAUUACCAUUAAAACACACGGUAUUUUUUCUUUUAAAAUGAAAAAUGAGGUGAACAUUUUGACAUAACUGAGACUUAUGAAGGGUGCAAGGAGAUUGAGCUCAAUCUUUAGAGCAACACAGCAAUUAAUUACUUAAUUGCAGAUCUUAGAACCUGAUGUUUUCAUGGUAAUUUGUAAUAAGGCUUUUUAAUUAUGCAGCUUUUCACCAGAAUAGACCUAACAAACCUUACCUUCUGUGUUUGUGUGUGUGUGUUUUAGCAGUGUGCAUAGCACUGUGCCUGAUUGUGGCCUUUAUUGGAAAAUGAAGUGGCUAAAAUGUGUAUUGUAACUUCACUCCUUUGGCUGUGGGGGAGAGAAUAUUAUUCCAGUGUGCUUAAACAAAUGUCUGUCUGCCAAAAUUUAAGGGAUAAAAAUAAAUGAUCAAAGCUUUCAUGUAAUAUAAAUCUAGAAAGAAGACUUUGUAAAGUUUUCGGUUGAAAGUGUAUAGAUGUGCAGUGUCUGGGGCAUUUGCAUGCUUGCACUAUAAUCCAUUUAGCAUUGCAUUUGUGCAACUCAUUAUUUCCAGGAGUUGUGCUUGUUGGAUUGCACGUCUUAGUCCCUGAUGCAGUGAGGACAGAGGUGCAAACGAAUUGCUGUACAUGGAUAACCUCUCCCAGCAGCCUGGCUUGAAUUAGCAGUUCUCAUCCCUCUCCUGAGAUCUACAAGUCGUAUGCCUCUUGCUGCAUUCAUCCCUUUUUCUUUUCCCUUAGGGGUGAGAACUGAGAUGGUACAAAUAUCCUCUCUCCCUGUAAUCUUGGCAGAAAGAGAUCUGAUCUCUGGAUCAGGGCCCAUAACUAUAGAAAUGCACCGGCCAUAAUAAAGUGAAAAACAUAGUAUUAUUUCUGCUUGGAGAGCUGUUUUGCCACAUUAAAAGUUUUAUUUGUACAAAUAUAAGUAUUUAAUAGUUGGAUCAAAUGCCAGCUAAAAAUGUAAAAACCAAAACCUUUAAUUAUGAAAAUCUUGUAUUCUUUCAUAUCUGAUGGAGAUUAACCAAACCUGUGACAAAUGUGCAUUUUUCAUGGAUACUUGUUGCACUAAUACUUGAACUUUGCCUUUUUUUGGAAUUUGUACCUAUAGUCUGGUAAUUUUUAGAUUUCAUACACAGUUGUAAACUUUGUGUGAGGAGUGGAAACUCCCAGUACAAUGUAAUAAAAUGUUUUUUUUACAAAAA